AUGGCAGACAACAUACGUCGAGCCUUUCAAGACAUUGAUUUAGGCAUCAAUGAUGCCCCUUUUGUUCUUCCACCGGAGAUCGUCCGCCAAGCCGAAGAAGAAAACCGUUUCAUCCUUAUCGGCCGACCGGUCAUGCCCCGCCGCCAAAAUCUUCGUGCGAUCAUUGCCACCAUGCCCAGAAAUUGGGGACUUGAAGGACUGGCCAGAGGGCGAAUUAUUGAACACCGUCGCUUCCAAUUUGUCUUCCCCUCGGAAGAGGCGAUGGAGACUGUUAUCAGAAGAGGACCGUGGGCCUUCGCAGAUCGAAUGUUGGUGCUACAACGCUGGACCCCGUUAAUGGAUCUAGCCUUGCUCGAUUUUAUCCCUUUCUGGAUCCAAAUCCGAGGGAUCCCGUUUCAAUACAUGAACCGUGAAGUCAUCGUUUCAAUUGCGCGUACAAUGGGCCAGUACAUCCAAAUGGAUUACAAUGAAGAGAAUGGGAGUCGUUUGGAUUUCGUCAGAGUCAGAAUUAACUGGAACAUCAUCAAUCCACUACGUUUCCAAAGGAACUAUCAAUUUGUUCUGGGAAUCAACACUACCCUCCGAUUCCAAUAUGAACGGCUCCGUGGAUUCUGCGAACUCUGCGGAAUGCUCACUCAUGAUUCUGGAGCAUGUGUCAUCAACAAUGGCGGCCCGGGUCAAGCAGAUGAAGAUGAAGAUGAUGAUGAUAGUGGAGAGGAUAAUGAGGCUCCUGAGCUUGUGCCAAACCAAGGGGUAAUAAUUGAAGAAGUUAAUGAUGAGGAAGAACAUCAUGAUGAUGAUGAAGAUGGAGGCAAUGAGCAAGAAGCAAAUGAAGAGACAAGACAAGAUGAUAUGGAGGAUGAAGAGAAAGAGGACGAGCUGUGGAAUGGUUCAGGCAUGCGUACGAUGUUUACAGAUGAAGCCAUCACUGAGGAGAUGCACAACCCAAUUGAUCCUUUAGGAAUCAAAACUGACAGAGAAGUUGGGAUGAAGAGGAAGGCGUGGAUGUCAGAGGCAAAUGGGAACACAGCCAGGCUCACUAAUGCAGAACGUGGAGAGACAAGCGGCACAAGGAACACUAAACGCUCGAAGGUGUUAUAUCCUAUUAAUGGCACUCAAAAUGAGAAUGAAGAAGAUUCAGAGUCAGAGAACUCUUCUGGUUUGGGAGGCGCGGUGGGCCCAGAACCACCUCUUCCACCAUGA